AUGUUCAUUAUCGUUGUUUCGUCAUACACUAUCACACCAUAUUAUCAUUAUCAUAAUUAUCACUAUUUUGUCGAUAUUUCAACUUGUGAUCUUUUAACGUACGCAAUCGGAAUAACCGAUUUUUUCACUCAGGUUUCGAAACAAAAAUUAACAGACAAUGGGGUUAGCUACUGGAAAUUGUUAGAAGAAUGCAUUCAGUUACAUUGCAAUUUAUCAAAUCUCUCUUCUUAA